CAUAAAAAUAUCAUUCAUACGCUAUCUUGAUAUAGGCAUUCCGCUUUGAAGCGUUUGGCAGAUUUGUCAUACAGAAUUCAACGGACCCGGAAGGAUUCUUCAUUCCUUUCAUUGACUUGUUCCUUGAUCUCUCAUCCUCCGGGUAGUAUACUCCUAAUAUAUCUCAUGCUUUCUAUUAUUACAGUGGAUGCUCCUCAAUCUUUGGUUUGUCGGGUCAAUUGUAUUUUAAAUCUCAUUGAGAUGAUGACAGUUUAAAUUAAAAUGGAGACUCCUUCCCAUAUUGCUACAUUUGUUUCAAUACAGUAAGAAGUCAAUCUCAAGUACCAACUACUUGAUUUUCCUCAUUUAGAAUAUUUACUCACAGCUUAUCGCUUGAUUUCUUUUUGUUUGGGUACCUCGCCAUCAUCUGACGUCCAAUGUUACUAGUAUUCUAUUGAGAAUUAGACCAGUUUAUAUUUCUUCUAAUAAGUCCUUCAUUCUAUCAAUAGUAAAACUUUCCUCCAGUUUAGCAUUGGUCUUAUAUAUUUUUUCUCCUUGUUGACCAAGUAAUUUCAAGAUGAUUGCUUGGCCGGCGGGAGCAUCCUCCAUUGAGUCGGUCGAUAAACCAGAAUAAUGUGUCAACGACUCGAAUUUACCGAAAGAAAGCCUCUCUAUGGCUUCUAGUUAGCCGUCUUGUGUGAUGUGGUUUCCAAACUAUAGACUAAUCUCACUGAACUUGAAAUGUUCUUUUAGGUUUUGAUUUGCUGUUUCAUUCAAACGGGUCCAAGAUGACUUAGCCCCUUCUGACUUGCUUAAAUUUGCAACCAUCAGCCACUGAAUCUAAAGGAACUAAAGGCAUAGUGUCCCUGAGAGGCUGAAGAGAUCACCUCUGGCAACUUUAGAAAACCUUGCCUAUUGUCAGAGGCUGAGCUUCACAGCAUAUCAAUCUUUCGUCGCAACAUGGGAAAGCUUCCACAGCCGACGGUGUUCAUCUUCUUGUCCCUAAUCAUCCUGGCCAAAGCUUCAGCAUCAUCCGAUUGCAUUUCCUUCAACUUCACAAAUUUUGACCCCAAUGAUGAUCGUGUGCAUGUGGAAGCAGAUGCGACUAAGGUGAAUGACACCAUCCAGCUCUCUAGGAACCUGGUCGAUGUGAACCUUAACCACAGCCAAGGCCGUGCAACAUAUUAUCAACCAAUGCACCUUUGGGAUAAGGACUCGGGGAACAUGGCGGAUUUCACGAGUCAGUUUACUUUCAUCAUCCAUUCCCGAGGUAACGCAUCGUAUGCCGAUGGAUUAACUUUCUUUCUCGCUCCCAAUGGAUCUCAGAUGCCAGUCAGAUCAGGCGGAGGGUAUUUAGCCCUUGUAAAUGGCACUAGAUAUGACCCGUCCAUUGUGUUCGUUUCAGUGGAGUUUGACACGCACUACGACCAUAUCUCGAAUCCAUGGGAUCCUCCAUGUGAACAUAUUGGUAUCGAUAAAAACACUGUCAACUCUUCUAUUUAUGUCUGUGUCGACUGGUGGAAGAACAAUAUUGUCAAUGGUCGACCCCUUCAUGCUCAAAUUAAGUUCGACUCAAGCACGCAGAAUUUGAGCGUCCUCUUGAUGGAUGCUAGUAAUUCGAGUUCAAGUCCUAAUUCUUCCCGUCUUUCGUACCAAGUUUAUUUGAACCAAACUUUGCCAGAAUGGGUGACUUUCGGUUUUACUGCUAGCAGUGGAAACUUGCAAGAGAUGCAUAAUAUUAAGUCAUGGCAGUUUUUUUCUAGUCUACAACUUAAAAGAAAGUCUAGGACAUGGCUAUGGGUAGUCCUAGGAAUGAGUGGCUUGUUGUCCCUCACAGCUUUUGUGGGUUUUGCUUGGUUUCUUUGCAUGUCAAAAAAGAGUGCAGAGGUAGAUAAUGAUAUGUUCCCAGCCAUUGAUGAAGAUUUCGACAAGCUAACAGGACCGAAGAAAUUUUCCUACAAGCAGUUGAUGCUGGCGACGAACAAUUUCACAAACGAGCGGUUACUUGGGGAAGGGGGGUUUGGACGAGUUUAUGAGGGUUAUCUUAGUGAUUUGAAGCUGAGUGUUGCCGUCAAGAAGAUAAUUCCCCAAUCUAAACAAGGAAUCAAGGAAUACGCGACUGAAGUGAAAACCAGUAGCCGACUUAGGCACAAAAACUUGGUGCAGCUCAUUGGUUGGUGCCACGAGAAGAAAGAACUCCUCCUGAUUUACGAGUACAUGAUGAAUGGUAGUUUGGAUUCGCAUCUGUUCAAAGAGAGAAGCUUGUUGACAUGGGAGGCAAGGUAUAAGAUCGCUCAAGACUUGGCCUCGGGGUUGUUGUACCUCCACGAAGAAUGGGAAAAAUGCGUGGUGCACAGGGAUAUAAAAUGCAGCAACAUCAUGCUAGAUUCGGAGUUUAAUGCUAAGUUGGGGGACUUUGGCUUGGCAAGACUAGUCGAUCGUGCUAAGGGGUCACGAACGACUAUAUUGGCUGGUACUAUUGGCUACAUCGACCCUGAAUUUGUUUACUCGGGCAAGGCAAAUAAGGCAUCGGAUGUCUAUAGCUUUGGGGUGGUCCUCUUGGAGAUAGUGUGCGGAAGACAGAUUGUUGAGCCGAGAGCGCUAGAAGACCAAGUCCACCUUGUGGAAUGGGUUCGGGAUCUGUAUGGAACAGAGCAGUUGCUGGAUGUGGUAGACUCGAGACUAGGCGGGAAUUUCGAUGAGAAAGAAGCGGAGUGCUUGAUCAGUGUGGGGCUUUGGUGUACUUCGCUAGACUACACUUGCCGACCAUCCAUGAGAGAAGUAUUGAGCAUUUUAGACUUCAAAGUCUCGUUGCCAAUCUUCCCAUUGAAGUUGCCAGGUUCAACAUAUCUUACACGAACACAAACCAGGAUGUUUUUGGUCGCUAACGCAUACGGGAUCACAUCUAGCAGCGAAGUAAGUGGUUACCGUACUGAAGGAUCGACCUCUGUAGCUUCUCAGAAAACUCCCUCUUCAGCUUCUGAUGUGGUUUGAAGUAAGUGAUUUUGUACAUGAACACCAAACUUGUACUCCGAAUGUUCCAAUACUGAUAAUUCUUGUUGUUUUUUUACUACUAAACCGUCAUGUUUGAACCCAACUUCUGAAGUGAAUUGAAGUACUUCUACCA